AUGGCCGUCCAAGGAAUUGCACAACUGCUCUUCACAGCACUUAUACUGUCAACACUGCACACAUUUAUGCCAUGCUUUGGCGUAAAUGUCAAAAUUGGCGUUCCCGAAAACUACGAUGGCAUUUUCCCAUGGUAUCUUGCCAAGCUUCAAAACCUGCCAAGCAAUUUCACCGACCUGGUGCUGACAGGAGAUGACGAAGGAAUAUUUGGAGUUGACGCUCCGUUUCUGUUUGCCAUAAAACCCCUGGACAGAGAGAAACAGCCGUCCUACUCGCUACAGGUGUCCUUCAGAUCAUCGGAGGCUCCUCAGAACAUCAGAUCUCCUGUGCAUCGUCAGAGCUUCACAGUUGAAGUGUGUGUCAUAGACAAAAAUGACAACGUGCCCACUUUCAUAGAGGAGAGCAUGAGAGGGAGCGUUCAGCUCGGGCUUCUUAAAGGAAUCCCAUUCAUGCAAGUGGAGGCUCUGGACCGCGAUGACCGAAACACCCCUCACGCCGAGCUGCGCUUCAGCCUGAUGGAGCAGACCCCCAGGAUCCCAUCUAGUCAGAUGUUCUUCAUCGACUCCAUCAAUGGAGAGGUUUCCCUCACCGAAGAAGGCGCCUCAACUCUGGACCCAGAGAUGUGUGGCCGCUAUAAGCUGUCGGUGAUGGUGAAAGACAUGGCUGGCAGGUCAAAUGCUUUCUUCACUACUGGUAUUGUGACUGUUGAGGUUACAGGAAACAGCUGGGCAUCACCUGACCCAGUACGGCUUCAGGAGAACCUCCCAGGUCCUUAUCCCAUUCCCAUCUCACAGGUGAAGUGGAGUGGGAGUCAGGCAGUGUACAGUCUGGAUGGAGAGUUUCCAGAGAUGCUCUUCACCAUCAGCAGAGAAGGUGUCAUUUAUCUGAAUGCUCCUCUGGACAGAGAGACACAAGACCAGUUCCAGAUCAGUAUUGUGGUUGAGCGUCCAGAUGGUCGACAGAUCGCCAAGCCAGUGGAGCUGAGGGUGAUGGUGGGCGACGCUAACGACAACAGACCCACCUUUCCUCAGUCACAGUACCACACUGUGGUGAAAGAGCUGGCAGCUCGGGGAACAGAAAUCCUGACAGUCCAAGCAGCGGAUAAUGAUGAUCCCAAGACAGACAAUGUACGAAUCUUCUACCGCUUAGUUGGACAAAUUCCAGAGAGUCCUCGUGCCCUUUUCAGAGUGGACCGGGAUUCAGGAGUCAUCUCUGUUCAGGCGGACAGCAUGGAGGGUACAGCACCCCAGUACACCCUGACCAUCACCGCUGAAGACGCUAAAGGUCUAAACAGUUCCUGUACGGUGGUUGUGACGGUGCAGGAUGAAAACAACAACCCACCGGUUUUCUCCCAGCAUGAGUACGGACCAUUUCACAUUUCAGAGGAGGCUCCGGUGGGCACCACGGUGGCAGCUGUGGUGGCAAGGGAUGCAGAUGUUCGAGGUGGAGACAGCUGGCAGGUGGACUACCGUUUAGAGUCCGGAAAUGAAGAGGAAGUCUUUAUGUUGGUGACUGAUCGACAAACCAAUGAAGUCUCACUUGUGCUUGCCAAGGUGUUAGACUUUGAGCGUGAAAGCGAGUACAUCCUGGUGCUCAGUGCCCAGAAUCCUGUUGCUCUGGUCCGUGGCCGAUACGGCCCUUCGUCCACGGCAACCGUCUCCAUUUAUGUUGAUGAUGUGAACGAGGGUCCGAUCCUGUCUCAAAGUCAUUACGAGGUGACCGUCAGAGAAGGGGAGGAGCCAGGACGGGUCAUCGCCACCAUUCGGGGUUAUGACCCCGAUUCUCACCCGAUAAGAUAUUCUCUUCAAGGGGACACCAAAAAAUACUUUUCAAUAGGAAAGUAUUCUGGUGAGCUGAAGACAGUGCAGGCUCUGGAUAGAGAGGAGAAUAGCACGUACACCAUGGAGGUCAUUGCAGUGGAUGGACGAAACUCCUCCUUGUCUGCUUCCACCCUGGUGACUGUCCACAUCCUAGACGUAAACGACAACAGUCCGGUCCUGGUUGGAGACUACUCCUGGAAGUACCUGUGCACGCCUCUGUGGGAAGGCCAGGCUCUGGUGCUGGCUUCACGCGACAGCGAUGGACCUCAACACGGAGGGAGACUCAAUUUCUCGCUCCGCAGUGAUGUCACAGUUCGCCGUAACUGGAAACUCACCCCUAUUAACGAUACCCACACCAACUUGUCGUUAAACGUCCCAUACUUGGCCCCUGAGGUCUACAUGGUGCCUUUCACCAUCUCUGACAGCAGUUCUCCACCCAGGAGCACCUUCAUAAACUUGCCAGUGACGGUGUGCACCUGUAAUGUCAGAGGUAACUGCAAAAUAGCAGCCAAGCCGUUGGAAGGCAUGCCAACGAUUCAGUCUGCAGUGGGAACUCUGCUUGGCACUUUUGCAGUCAUAGGAAUCAUCCUCAUUAUUGUAUUUGUGAGACUGUCCUACCAGAACCCCAAAGAGCAGAAGAAGAGCAGCCAGGAGAGAGUUCCUCUGAAGAUUUCAAUCUGAUUCAUAAAAUUAUCGUUAAAAUCCUCUCCCUUUCCACUGUAUUAGCACCAAUGUAUUCAUGUUGCUAAUGCUUUGGUGCACUGUGAAUAUUUUAGUUCAAGAACUCUCCGGUUUUACACCUGGGGCAUUAUUUGUGUUUUCACUUUGCCCUUUUCAUAUUUUCAAAGAGUUUGUUUUUGAGUAUUUGAUAUUUUAUGGCUUCCCCACUGGGAUGAUGUUGAGAAAAAAAAUCAAUCUACAUAAAAACUUAUAUCUGACAAAACAUUUUAAUGAUUAUUUCUGAUUAUUGUUUGUUUUUCUUGCAGGCUGAACAUGAAAAUAGUCUCCUAAAGCUAUCUGGUGAAUUAUCUAGACGGUGAAAUGCUAGGAUUUGAAAGACCUGACAGCAUGACAUUACACUGUCACUGAGAAUUCAUGGACUCACCCAUCUUGACUCACAACAGGGAAGGCUGUUGUUUGUGUAACAUCCAGGAAACAGCAGAGAACGCCAGCUAAUAGAAGCUAACCAUUAGCAUUAGCAACUCCACUACAUGGCAAAACUCCUCCAGUCUUGUGCUAGGGUUGGGGUUAGGGUUAGCGUUGCAGAGUAAACACAGUUAGUGGUAGAGUCACAUUGCUGUUAGCCAAUCAGAGGUGAGAUGUCCAAAUAUCAGGAAGUAAGGCUCCAAGUCCUGCCAUGUGAAGCUCUCCUCCGAUCUUAUAGCUUCUUAGGUGUGUUCAUGCUGUGUCGUGGUUCUAAUUCCAUGCUGUCGUUCUUUUUAAAACACAGAAACAGUUUCAUUACUUUUUUCACCGCUACGUUUUGUCUGCGGCUGCAGACUUCCUCAGGCUGACGCUGAUGGUGGCGUCACUUCCUUCUCCGUUUAUCCGCGGGCAGCAGAGGACGUUGUCGCCCUCUGCUGCCCGCUCUCCCCUCUCCGACGAUGCAAUCCCAUGCGCGGUCCAACGUGUAAACUCCAUCGUCCCUGUUCAUUGUCCCACAUCCACGUCUCCUUAUCUCAAUUGCUUCUUUUAUCCAUCUUUUGUAUUUUUGUUGUUCCGAUCGUAAACACCGAACAACAAAAAUACAAAAGAUGGAUAAAAGAACGACAGCGUGGAAUGAUCUUAUAGCUCCUAAAACAGGCGCACCAGGGCUUUUUGUACCCAGAUUAUGACUAACAAGGCAUUCAUUCCCACUAGAGACCACUGCAAAUGUAUUGAUUAAACAAGUGAACCACACUUUUAAAGUGUGUUUUAUUGCUGUGAAAUUACCGUUUUCUGUUGAAGUUUGUACCUGAAAAUCAACGCUGAGAACAUCUAGUACAUGAAAAAUAAUGCUGCAUUCUGAAUGUGAUUCAAUCACACAGAACUGUUGUUGAAAAUGCAGAAAUCAGAACAAAUGUGCUUGUUAAGGCUGCAAUCUUCUGUAGUUUCACACAUCAAUAGAAUUGAAUUGUGAAAAAAGGACCAAAUAACACGAUUUAUCAUCUUCUCUCUUUAACAUCUAUACUGCAGAUGUGAGCUUCUCACCAGGAUUGUGAUUUAUUCCCUGCAGCUCCCAUUCGUCGUCAACGUUUUAAACUGAAACAGACUGAAGGAUGUUAUUGCAUUAGCAGCAUGCUGCCAUCUAUGCGAUUAAGGCUUUUCAAAUGCUGACCCAGACGCCCCAACGGGCGAGCAGUGCUAUAUUCAGACUGAAGUGUUGCUAUAAAUAGCUCAACGACUGAAAG